AUCUGUAAGUGGGUGUGUUCUUUCUCUGGGUUCACGCCAACGAUUCAGUAACAUUUUUAAGAUGGCGACUGUGCAUCUGAGAAUCGGGGAUUUGGUUUGGGGUAAACUUGGACGUUAUCCACCUUGGCCAGGAAAGAUCGUCAGUCCCCCAAAAGACCUGAAAAAACCAAGAGGCAAAAAAUGCUUUUUUGUAAAAUUUUUUGGGACUGAAGAUCAUGCCUGGAUAAAAGUUGAACAGCUGAAACCCUACCAUCCACACAAGGAAGACAUGGUCAAGAUAAACAAAGGCAAACGCUUCCAACAGGCAGUUGAUGCUGUUGAAGAGUACCUGAAGAAGGCCAAGGGGAAAGAGUCCGCACACGCCUCAGACGACAAAAAUAAAACAGACAAGGGGCGCAAAGCUCCUGCAAAACCGAUGAAGAUAAUAGAAGAAGACGAUGAAGACGCAUUCAAGGGUGGCUCUUCUGACAAGGAACAAACUGACUCUGACCCAGAACCGUCCUCUGUGCAACGGCUGGUGGCUGGAACAGUUUCAGGAUUCAAAUGGGAGAGCAGUCCAGUAAAGGACGACUCCCAUUUCCAUCACUUUCUGCUCAGCCAGUCUGAGAAGCCAGCCUCUUCGAUGGAGCCCAUCAGCAAACGGUUAAAAAUUAUUGAAGAGGAUACCGGCUCAACUUCUAUUCAGGCUGCAGACAGCACAGCUGUCAAUGGCAGUAUCACACCCACAGACAAAAGGAUAGGGUUCCUUGGACUUGGACUGAUGGGUAGUGGCAUAGUCUCUAAUCUGCUGAAGAUGGGUCAUGUUGUCACUGUGUGGAAUCGCACGGCAGAAAAGUGCGACUUGUUCAUCCAAGAGGGUGCCAGGUUAGGACGAACACCAGCAGAGGUUGUGUCCAUGUGUGACAUCACUUUCUCCUGCGUGUCUGACCCCAAAGCUGCCAGAGAUCUUGUUCUGGGGCCCAGUGGUGUUUUACAGGGAAUCAGACCAGGGAAGUGUUACGUGGAGAUGUCCACUGUUGAUCCGGAAACUAUUACAGAGCUCUCGCAGGUGAUCACAUCCAGAGGAGGUCGGUUCCUGGAGGCCCCAGUGUCAGGCAGCCAGCAACUGUCUAACGACGGCAUGUUGGUCAUUGUGGCAGCAGGAGAUCGCUCUGUUUAUGAAGACUGCAGCAGCUGCUUCCAGGCUAUGGGCAAAACCUCAUUCUUUUUAGGUGAAGCUGGCAACGCAGCGAGGAUGAUGCUGGUGCUCAACAUGGUGCAAGGCAGUUUCAUGGCCACCAUUGCUGAAGGACUCACUCUGGCCCAGGCUACGGGCCAAUCACAACAGACCUUCUUGGAUAUUCUUUGUCAGGGACAGAUGGCAAGCACAUUUGUGGACCAGAAAUGCCAAAAUAUCUUGCAGGGCAACUUCAAACCAGAUUACUACCUAAAACACAUUCAGAAAGAUUUAAGAUUAGCCAUUUCCAUGGGCGAUUCUGUCAAUCACCCAACACCUAUGGCAGCCGCAGCAAAUGAGGUGUACAAGAGGGCGAAGGCAUUGGACCAGUCAGACAAUGAUAUGUCUGCGGUGUACCGAGCCUACAUCCACUAAUCCCUGAAAAUGUCCUCAAACGUUCUGGACCACGGACCUUGUCUUUCUGUUCAUUACAGUGAUCUCUCUCUCUCUCUCUCUCUC